UUGACUGUGGUUUAUUCUAAUUUAUUAUCUAUGUUGUAGUUGAAAAGAGGGGGAUUUUUUGGUUUUUUUUUUUUUUGUUUUUAGUCAUUUUUGGUUAUGGGAAUUUUGUAGUAGGGAAUUUUUGGGAUUGGUGGAUUGGGGUCCCUGAUUAAUAUAAUAUUUUUGGAAGAUUUUUGGGGUGGAAUUGAUGGAGAAGGGUGAUAUAGGGAAGAGUGGAGAUGGGUUUAUAGAUAGGAGUAAAGUUAGGAUUUUACUAUGUGAUAAUGAUUCCAAGAGCUCUAAGGAGGUUUUUACACUUUUGUGUAAAUGUUCUUACCAAGUGACUUCUGUGAGAUCACCCAGACAACUGAUUGAUGCACUGAAUGCUGAGGGGCCUGAUAUAGAUAUCAUUCUUUCUGAAGUUGACCUUCCUAUGUCCAAGGGAUUGAAACUUUUGAAAUACAUUAUGAGGGAUAAAGAAUUGCGACGUAUACCAGUCAUCAUGAUGUCAGCGCAAGACGAGGUUUCUAUUGUUGUCAAGUGCUUGAAAUUUGGAGCAGCUGACUAUCUUGUGAAGCCAUUGCGCACUAAUGAACUAUUGAACUUGUGGACUCACAUGUGGAGAAGAAGGCGAACACUUGGACUAGCGGAGAAGAACAUACUGAAUUAUGAUUUUGACCAGGUCGUAUCAGACCCUAGUGAUGCUAACACAAACAGUACUACUUUAUUUUCUGAUGACACUGAUGACAAAUCCCGAAAAAGUGUUAAUCCAGAAGCAUGUGCAUCAAUCCAUCAGGAAGAAGAGCAAAAUCCUUCAAGUGCAGAUGCUCCUGUAGAGACUGUUAUUAUUGUCACAUCAGAGUGUCUCCCUGAUGUGCCUGGAAUGAAUGAUCGAAGGACAGGGCAAAUUGCCUCAUUUCCAAAGAAGAGUGAGCUAAAGAUUGGCGAAUCUUCUGCCUUCUUUACAUACGUAAAAUCCAGCUUGCCAAAAAGCAACUGCCAGGAUGCUGCCCCAUUGCAUGAAAAUGUGUGUCAGCAUUUGACAAUUGAAGAGAAUCUUAACGCACAAGGUGGCCAUAUCAAUACUGAUUCUCAAGUAACUAUUACUAAUGAUGCUCUUCAGAACCGUUCCAAUGGAGAAGGUUGUCCUAGUAAUGACAGCAUCCAUGAUUCCUUUUCUGUGGAAAGGUCCUGUACACCACCUUUAUCACUGGAAUUCUUGCAGCAAAGGAACUUAAAUGAGUUCUCUCAGGUGCCUACACAUCCAAGAAAUGAGCCUCACCAUGAUGUUUCAGGGUUUCACCCACACAGUGCUUAUCCAUAUUAUAUUUCAGGAGUAAUGAAUCAAGUUAUAGUGCCACCUUCCCCAAUGUAUCAAAAGAACCUACCAGAUGUACAUAGUCAUUCACCGAUGUUACCUCAAUAUGGCCAUAUCCCGCAGUGUUCUCCCCAUGUGCCAGGGAUGGCAUCUUUUCCCUACUACCAAGUUGGAAUCUGCCUACAAACAGGCCAAAUGCCUACAAUGCAUCCAUGGCCAUCAUACGGAAGUUCCUCUUCUGCUGAAGGGAAUGCAAGUAAAAUUGACCGUCGGGAGGCAGCAUUGAUGAAGUUCAGGCAGAAAAGGAAGGAAAGGUGCUUUGACAAGAAAAUCAGGUAUGUCAAUAGAAAGAGGCUCGCAGAAAGGAGACCUCGUGUACGGGGACAAUUUGUAAGGAAAGUAAAUGGUGUUACUGUGGAUCUCAAUGGACAACCAGCUUCAGCAGAUGAUGAAGAUGAUGAAGAGGAGGAUGAAGAUGAGGAGGACCAAGUAACUAACUUGGAUUCAUCACCUGAUGAUGAUGCUUUGGUAUGUCAACGAUGAAGUGCACUUUAUGGAGUAACUCUUUAUGGAGUAACUCAACAGACUGUAAUUUCCACUUCAAUCACAUAGCUUUGUUCCAAAAUGCCCAUUGUUUAUUAGAUCGUCAUAAAUCUAGAGUCUACUCCAUUGCUGGGUUCAGAAUUGUGAUCCAGCAUUAGCAAUAUCCUCCCAGAAGAUGCUGGGCGAUUGCUGCCAAAUGCUGUCAUUGGUUUUCUUCUGAGGAUAUUGGGGUAUUAAGGGAUUUCCAGUUCCGGUUGUCUGAAGAUAUGAACCUGUGGAGCUGCUGAAAGAGAUUCUUGGGCUGAUGUACUUCAUCCUCUGAUGUAGUUUGGUGUAAUGGUAUAAAGUUAUUACCCCCGGCAUUACUUAUUUGUUCAGGUGUACGAACUGUUUUGUCGAAUUGGAACUGCUAAAGAUAAGAUUCGAGAUGUGCUUUCUGGGUUAAACGAGUUGGUGAAACCACAGUUAGAAUUUUUCUGAAAAGCCUUCACUUAAUUAGGAGUCUGCAAUGAUAACCUGUUUGAUAUAAUAGUGAUUUACAGCCGCC